CUUAAAAAUUAUUCGACUUGUAGUACCGCCUAAUUAGUAAUGUCCGAGUCGUCUUGCGACGUAAAACUUGAUAAUCUCAAGAAGAUGAACUGCAACUUUCAAACUCAUUCUCAAUCGCUAGACGAUUUGAGUAGCCAGUCUAACCUCAUGCCCAACUCACAAAUAUUGGAACGAAUCAAUAAAAUGUUGGCUGAUUCCUCUCAAUCAUCGUAUGGGGUGUCCGGCAGUGGCUUAGAUGUCAAAAACAAUAGGGAAUAUGAUCCUACUAGCAAAUUUAGAUCCAAUUCUACUUUAACGCCCUCCGUACCUGACGUCAGGGCGGAAGUAAGCAAAAAAGAAAUGACUUUGAAAGAAAAAAUUAUGGGCGCUGAAAGAGAGAGCGGGGGCGAGGAUUACAAGAAGGAGAACAACUACUUUUUAAAUCACGCAUUAUUUAAUAACCUUCACGAUUUGACGCUGUUGAACCAAAUGUCAUCCAAUUUUUGCGAAAAUCCUCCGAGCCAAACCCUGAACGGUAAUCACGUCCAUCAAAAGAAUCCCGAAAAAUUUUUGCAAUCCAUUCACAACAAUUUGUUUCCCUCCCUUUUGAACAAAAUUGAAUCGUCAAUUGAUCCAAGUCGAUUUAAUUCUCGGGAUGAUUUUAACGGGACUGGCAAAAAUCUGUCAUCCUCAUCUCAUUACCCAAAUCUCGAUUACAACUCGUACGAUAACAACACUUUGAUAACGCAAGAAAUUUUAAAGUCCUUGCUGACGGCUGCCAGUUAUCCUCACUCCGAAACUUUGAGCUAUAAUGAUGGCGUAAACAAAACGCAAUCGUACCCCAAUAAGGUGAGUUACAAAAGACCCAUAUUGGGAAUGAACUCUAACCAUACCUCGCCAAUAGCGUCCAUGAAACAUAAAAUUACCGGCGAUUUCGAUAGCUUCAAAUCGCGUUUAGAUAAUCCGGAUAUUUCUAACGAAGAUCGCGCGAGCAAAAUAAAUUUCUUGAAAGACCUGCUCAAGCUUCAAUGCGUUAGUGGCGACAACGGUACGUGUCUUUUAAGCGCGCCAAAGAAUGAUAACGAUGAGAAUGGUUCGAAAACCUGCGUUACGAAUAACCAAUGUCAGGACAAAAAUUCCAAAAUCGAUAGCAUAAUAAUUUCUUCUCCAAUCUCGGACAAGUGCGCUAAAAAUAACGACUUCGAAGGGAAUCAAGAAGAAGAAAGUUUUUUGAGUAAUGGAAGCUCCUUCGCGUCGGACACCGAGCUCUGCGCGAUAUUGAAAAAUUUAUCCAUGAAAUCUUCAUCCUUUUCCAAUUGGUCUUCCCUGAGUGGUAACAGCAGUUUCGAAUGCAACAAAGUAAAAAAACAGAAUAACUACAACAAUUACAACAUUACAACGACGACCUAUAACUCCCGAAGUAAUAACGAAAAUUUGGCGAGCAUGUAUACCGAAAACUCCCAGGACAAAAGGAUGACUUUGCUCAACUCUUUGCUCUACGAUUAUAAUUCCGCAAACAACGGGGGCAACGAUAUGCAAUUAUCCAAUGGCAAUCAUUUAGACGGCAAUCCUUACAACCCUAAUUUCGUUCAAAAUCAAAACAGCGCUAGCGAUAACGUGGUUAUAGACGAUUGCGGAUCUGAUAACUAUUGCGUUGAACGGAUAGCCAAGUUGUAUAAAAACGCGGCAUCUAUUUGUGACGCAACCUAUACUUGGAGUGGACAAUUACCUCCUAGGGUCUACAGAAAUCCAGUUUAUUCGACGAAAAUAUUUUUGGGAGGUGUUCCGUGGGAUAUAACGGAACCCGGUCUGAUAAACGCUUUCAAACCUUUUGGAAACUUGAGGAUAGAAUGGCCCGGCAAGGAAACUUUGCAUCCUCGAUACCCACCCAAAGGAUACGUCUACAUAAUAUUCGAAUCGGAAAAAUCGGUAAAGGCCCUUUUGCAAUCCUGCACGCACGACUUUUCUAACGGUGGCGAUUGGUAUUACAAAAUUUCGAGCAAGAGAAUGAGAUGCAAAGAAGUUCAAGCUAUACCGUGGGUUAUAAGUGACACCAAUUUUAUUAGGCAACCUUCCCAGAGAUUGGAUCCGUGCAAGACGGUAUUUGUGGGGGCCUUACAUGGUUUGCUGAAUGCCGAGGGCUUAGCGUGCGUUAUGAACGAUUUGUUUGGGGGAGUCGUUUACGCGGGGGUGGAUACAGAUAAGUUCAAAUAUCCCAUCGGAUCAGGAAGGGUUACCUUCAAUAACCAUAAGAGUUAUAUGAAAGCGGUAUCCGCCGCAUUCGUGGAAAUCAAGACUCCCAAGUUUGUCAAAAGGGUUCAAAUAGAUCCUUACCUCGAAGACGCAUUUUGCAAUGUUUGUAAAGUUAGGGCCGGCAUUUACUUUUGCAGGGACAUGGUGUGCUUCAAAUAUUUCUGCGAGAGAUGCUGGUAUUAUCAACACGAGUCCAACAAUUCUUGCAUUCUUUCGAACACUCAUAAACCCCUGAUGCGGAACAAUAAAAAGGAGGAAAACAGCAUAAACAUGAUGAUGAUAUGAAAAUACCAAUUCUUUACCAACCGUUUUCAUAUCAUUUUGUAUCACCUACACGUUCGAAUUUUUUUGCCAUUUCUUUUUUUU